AUGUCUUCAGUGGUGAACGCCCCCGUGGAGGAGAGUGAUCCCACGAAAAUGUACAAUAGGGAAAAGAUAGCAGAGACACAGAACCUGGACCAGUUUUUGACCAUUGAUAGAAUUGCCGAGGAGCAGAUCCCCGUUCUGUCUGCCGUCUUGCAUCCUAGGGAGGCAAGAUUCUACGAUGUCGAUGAUUUAGAGAGGCAUGUGCUGAAUUCGCGGUACCAGUUCUACAGAAGUGUUUUGUGGAACAGGAGCAGGCAGUUUAUCACUUUAACAGCAAUGGCGGUCGCCAUUGGGUUCUUUGCAGCAUUUGUACAGAUAUUCACAGAAACGCUGGUCAAUUGGAAGAGCGGCCACUGCCAAAGAAAUUUUCUUUUGAACAAGUCAUUCUGCUGCGCUGUGGUCGACCCGUUCCCGGAUGCCAAAGUUUCUGCCCCGACCUUCCAGCGUAGAAACGACUGGCAGUGCGUGGAUGAGGGCGUCUGGAUAGAAUGGUCAGGUGCAGUAGCGCCCUUUUUCAUUUUCACGACGCUGUCCGUUCUAUUCGCACUGAUCAGCACACUGCUAGUGAAAUACGUGGCCCCCAUGGCGACCGGGUCUGGGAUCUCAGAGAUCAAAGUCUGGGUGUCAGGGUUCGAGUACAAAUCUGAAUUCUUAAGCGGUAUAACGUUGCUAGUGAAAAGUGUCGCUUUGCCGCUGGCAAUCUCGUCAGGGCUGAGCUUGGGGAAGGAGGGCCCCUCGGUGCACUAUGCGACCUGCUGCGGAUACGUAGUGAGCAAGUGGAUACUGCGGGAUAAAUUGACGUACAAGAGACAAUUCGAGUACUUGACCGCCGCGGGCGGUGCUGGUGUUGCCGUGGCGUUCGGGGCCCCCAUUGGUGGUGUUCUGUUCGGGCUUGAGGAGUUAUCCUCCGCUACAGAUUUUAACACGGACGCCCUAUGGAAGUCUUACUACGUGGCUUUGAUCGCUGUGACAACUUUAAAAUGUAUCAACCCGUUCAGAAACGGGAAGAUCAUUCUGUUCAAUGUCAGUUACGAUAAAAACUGGAAAAUCGCAGAGAUCCCAGUGUUUAUAGCUUUGGGGGUCUUUGGAGGGUUAUACGGGAAGUAUAUCAGCAAACUGAAUAUCAGCUACGUUAACUUCAGGAAAAGAUACCUCAGCUCGUGGCCUAUUCAAGAGGUGGUGAUAUUAGCCCUCGUCACCGCACUGCUGUCCUAUUUCAACGAAUUCUUGAAACUGGAUAUGACCGAGAGUAUGGGGAUCCUGUUCCAUGAGUGUACUUCGAACGAUCACAGUUCACCAUUUGCACACCGGUUGUGCUUCCUGGAUGAGCACACCCACGUAUUGAGCUUCCUGCAGACCUUUCUGUCCCUCUGUUUCGCAACUUUUGUGAGGGCCGCGCUAGUUAUUGUAUCCUACGGCGCCCGGGUCCCAGCCGGUAUCUUUGUUCCCUCGAUGGCUGUCGGUGCCACUUUUGGUCGUGCGGUGAGUCUCUUUGUGGAACGGUUCAUCAGUGGUACGAACACGAUAACACCAGGCGCGUACGCGUUUUUAGGUGCUGCGGGGACACUCUGCGGGAUCACCAAUCUAACAUUGACCGUUGUGGUUAUCAUGCUGGAAUUGACUGGUGCAUUCAUAUACAUCAUACCGACCAUGCUUGUGGUUGCAAUCACGAGAAUUAUAAUGAACUUCUCUGGGACGAAUGGUAUCUCUGACCAAAUGAUUAUUGUCAAUGGGUACCCGAUCUUAGAGCAAGAGGAGGUCGAAUCGCCGAAUGAGGGUUUCAUGGAGGAUUACUGUGCCGGGCAGAUCAUGUCCUCCGAUUUGAUCGUGCUGAGGGAAACAAUGCGGGUCUCGGAAUUAGAGUCUUUAAUCUACGAAUCCAACCACUCGCAACCCGUGGUCAACGGGUUCCCCAUUGUGAGGGGCGAGACGGGCAAAUCUGGUGAUGAGAGAAUUUGCAUUGGGUACGUUUUGAGACGUCACAUUAUGAAGAAAUUGAUCCAACAGGACACAACCAGCAACGACUCGCACACGACUUUGGUGCAUUUCUCCAAAGAGUUCACAGAGGAGACAGCAUCCGAGUUGAGUUUUGCCGAUAUCGUCAACUCGUCACCCGUCACCGUAAAACCGGACAUCUCCUGUGCGAUGCUAUACAGGAUGUUCCAACACCUGGGCUGCAAAGCCAUCAUGGUGGAGGCCAAGGGUUUUUUACAAGGCAUUCUAACGAGCAAAGACAUCAUCAAAUUUGAACGAUACUUGAGCAGGGAGAGGUGUGGACCACGUUACAAAUUCAACGAUGCAUUGGACCAACAAGUCUGGUCAUUUAUUCAUCCAAUAAUAAGAAGAUUUAGUAGAAUGGGAUCUGGUGGAUCAUGA